AUGCAUGGUAGUCACAUAGACAGUUUCUUGGAGAAGUGUGACACCAUAAGGAACGAGCUAGCUACCUUUCGUCAAUCUGAUGAUGAGUCUUUAUAUGAGGCAUGGAGAAAAUUCAAGCGCUUACAGAGACAAUGCCCUCAUCACGGUAUCCCAGAGUGGAUGUUAAUCCAAACAUUCUACAAUGGUCUGACCCAUGAGUUCCGCAUAUACAUUGAUGCUGCAUCCGGGGGUUCUCUCAUGACUAAGAACCCAACUGAAGCCAAAGAGCUAAUUGAGAAGAUGGCAGCCAAUGAUAAUUAUCAUCCAGGAGGUCGACAUAGUGUGAAGAAGGGAGGAAAAUUAGAUGUUGAUGCUCUAACUCUUUUGACUAGCUCUGUGCAGGCAUUGACAAGCAAGUUUGACAGACUCCAAGCCGGAACAUCUACUAGCUCACUGGAGACCUAUGAGAUGUGUAAUGUGCAGGGUCACAUUGCACCUAAUUGCCCGAAAAAUUCCAGUGAGAUGUCAAUUGAGGAGGCUAAUGCUUUCUACACCUCUAAUCCUAAAAGGUCGUAUGAUCCUCAUUUAAACACAUACAAUGAAGGGUGGAGAAAUCAUCUGGACUUCUCUUAUAUGAACACUCAAGCUCAAUUGAAUUUUCUGUUGCCACCACCUAGUUUUCAAGCAAGGGCAUCUUUUAAUCACCAACCCAUGAAUCAACAAUUACCACCGCAAACUUCAAAAUACAAUCUUGAUUCCAUUGUGGAGACUUUCACUACUUCCCAACUUCGACAGCAAGAGCUUAUGAAAAAGCAAUUUAAGCUACAAGCAAAGCAAAAUGAACACUUUGAAAGCUCGAUUCAAAUGCUUAUUGCUCAAAAUAAGUGGAUAGAAACUCACCUUUCUCAACUUUCACAACAAGUGAGUUAUUUAUCAACUCUUCAUGAUCAACCAAAAGUUCAAAAGGAACAAUGCAAUGCAGUUUUCUUGAGAAGAGAUGAAUUAUUUUCAAGGAAAAUAGAUGAAAAAGUGUGCAGUGUGGAGUCAAGAAAAGAUGAAAAGUGUGAGGAUGUAAAAAGUCCCAAAUAUGUUGCUCCACCGGCCUAUGAGGAACCGAUGCGCUUCUCCCAAAGGUUGGCAAAAGCCGUGCUCGAUAAACAUUUUGGAAAAUAUUGCGAGACUCUUAAAAAGGAAAUUAAAGAUCAACAUGAUGAUAAGGAAGUAGUAAAUGAGAAAUGCUCUACUCUUUUACGUGAUAGCCUACCACCUAAGCUGCAUGAUCCUGGUUUGCAAAAACUUAAACCUUCCCAUAUUUCUCUUCAAAUGGCUGAUAGGACUGCUAGACUCCCUAAAGGUGUGGUUGAGGAUGUAUUAGUUAAGGUUGGUGAACUUGUUUUUCCUGUUGAUUUUGUUGUUAUGGAUAUGAAAGAAGACCAUAAGAUCCCGAUUAUAUUUGGUCGCCCAUUCCUUGCCACAAGUCAAGCUCUAAUAGAUGUUCUAAAAAGACAAGUGACCAUUAGGGCCCAGGAUAAACAAGUAGUGUUUAAGCUCUUUAAUGAACAUAAUUUUAUAUUUGAUGGUCGUACUUGUUUAAGAAUUGAUGCUACUAACCCUUUGGUUGAUAAGUGUGUAUGUGAUCGAAAUCUUGUGAGAAACGAGGACAAUAUUCCACCAAAUGAUGUGUUUAGCUACAUGAAAGUAAGUUCGGAUACAAAGCAUGUCAAAUAUAAAAUGAAGGAGUCAUUUGGAGGCGGAUAUUUUUAUGGGCAACAUCGCGGAGUUUCUUCUUUGUGUGGUGACCCAGGCUGA